AUGCCCCCACCACCCGCCAAAAUCUUAAUUCAUGUCGUCCCUGGAUUCGCUGGGAACGACCUGGACGGGGUGCCCAUCCCAAAUUCAGGGUGGUAUCCAUCCUGCCCGUUGAUCUCUACAGCUGCCAUAAUGCUGCUCUUUUCGAGGAAUAGAAGCUAUGUCUUCUUGAUUGCAGGCAUCUUUCUAUUCGUCUUCCUCGCCAUCCGCAAGAGAUCAUACCAAUACUCCUACGUCAUUGACCCUUUCCAGAGCUAUCACGGCGAUGGCAGUGGUGACAAUUUCCUGCCCGGCAAUAGUGGGGAUCCUAAUUAUGUCCCCCCGAAUGACUACUUCGACGAUAACACCGAUGACAACGUCAAUGACAAGGACCAAAACGACGAGGAAGACACAGCAGACCGGAUCGAAUGGAGCAAGUUGAAGUCCAAUUACCCUGUCCAGGACAUGCGCCAGUUUCCAAAGGCCUCCCCACAGUGGCUUCCAAAGGUUCAAAAAUUUAUCGAGACUGAACCCGCAGCAGAGCGUCAAGUUCGACUCGAACGCCGAGAUGCCGUCAAGAAGGUCUUUCAGCGUUGUUGGAACUCGUACCGCAAGCACGCCUGGAUGAGUGACGAGAUCAUGCCCAUCAGCGGUGGGAAGCGCGAUGUCUUUGGCGGCUGGGGAGCAACCUUGGUCGACAGUCUCGACACCCUCUGGAUCAUGGACCUGAAAGAUGAGUUCAAGGAAGCAGUGGAAGCUGCAUCCAAGAUCGACUUUUCCAAAGCCCCGGGAGACAAAGUGAACGUAUUUGAGACCAACAUUCGAUAUCUGGGUGGCUUUCUGGCAGCCUAUGACCUAAGUGGCGAUAGACGGCUCCUACGUAAAGCAACAGAGGUUGGAGAAAUGCUCUAUGUCGCCUUCGAUACUCCCAACCGCAUGCCGAUGACAAGAUGGGACGCUGUGGAUGCAUCCAAAAACAAACCCCAGGAAGCCGACGAGUCCGUCCUUCUUGCCGAGAUUGGCACAUUUGCUCUGGAGUUCACCAGGCUUUCUCUCCUCACCAAAGACCCAAAAUGGUUCGACGCUGCGCAUCGCAUCACCGAGCUCCUGCAUAAGCAACAAGACACCACGCGUUUCCCAGGAAUGUGGCCUGUCAUUGUCAACGCCCGCACCACAGAAUUUAACCUACAUAAUGACUUCACCAUCGGGGCCAUGGCUGACUCUUGGUACGAAUAUCUCCCAAAGACCCAUGCUCUCGUCGGGGGUCUACUACCACAAUAUCGCGAAAUGUAUGAAAAGGCCAUGGAGGCAGUCAUCAAACGAAAUGUCUUCCGGCCUAUGCUUCCAGACAACGCCAACGUCCUUGUCUCUGGCCUUGUCUCUGUCUCCCGAAGCGGCGAUGACACUGUCUACUCUCUCAAACCAGAAGGCCAGCAUCUCGUUUGCUUCGCAGGUGGUAUGCUCGCCCUCGGUGGCAAGCUUGUGGAGAACCAAACCCAUGUGUCUGUCGGAGAGAAACUGAUGGAUGGUUGCAUCUGGACCUAUUCACACAUGCCCGUGGGGAUCAUGCCAGAGACAUUCACCAUGCUUCCCUGUCCUUUAACAAUCUCGCCCGAGAAGCCAGAGUGUACGUUUUCCGAGACCAAGUGGAAAGAUGCGAUCAAAAGGCAGCUUGAAGCACCCGAUGACAUCUCCCCUGAAGAGCUCAACUCGCUCAUCGCCGAAAAGCACAUCUCCAAGGGGUUCACGUCGCUUCCGGAUACUCGAUACAUUCUCCGACCUGAAGCGAUCGAGUCGGUAUUUAUUCUCUAUCGCACAACCGGCCGAAAGGACUUGCCUGAAAAAGCAUGGAAGAUGUUUGAAGCUAUCGAGAAGAAUACCAAGACUGAGCUCGCCAACGCGGCACUGUCGGAUAUUACUCGUUAUGACCCUGAGAACGAGGAUGAGAGCAAACGGUAUCCGGAGAAGACGGACUCGAUGGAGAGCUUUUGGCUGGGUGAGACGUUGAAGUAUUUUUAUUUGAUGUUCAGUGAGCCGGACUUGAUUAGUCUGGAUGAGUGGGUUUUUAAUACGGAGGCUCAUCCGCUGAGGAGGUUGGUGCCUGAUUUGAAGGGGCUGUUUGAUUGA